CUAGCUAGCUCAUAAUAAAACACGGGGAUGAUGGUGAAGAUUCAAUUGAUGGCGAUGGCCGGUUUUGGCAGUCGCUAGCUGGACGCGCCACAGUUAACAAGUGAAAUUGAGUCUCAGUCGUUACCGAAAUGCCGCAAGUGGAUCUGUUCACGGCUGCGGCCAUCGUUGCCGUAGUCGUCCUACUCUACCAUUACGUUGCGAAAAAAUACGAAUACUUUCUGACGAAGCCGGUACCGUGCGUCAAGCCGACCUUCCUGCUGGGAAGCAGCGGUCCUACCAUGUUCCGCAAGGCCGAUGUGGUCUCGCACUUCAAGAAGAUCUACGACGCCUUCCCGGACGCAUCGGUGGCCGGAUUCUACGACUUGCUGACGCCGAUGUUCCUGCUGCGCGAUCCGGAGAUGAUCAAGAAGAUAGGCGUCAAGGACUUUGACUUCUUCAUGGACCAUUCGCCGCUCAGCCCGGAUCAGGUGUCGGACGGGGAGAAGAGCUACGACCCGGACACCUUGUUUGCGAACUCGCUGUUUGCCCUGCGUGGGCAGAAGUGGCGCGAUAUGCGAUCGACGCUGAGUCCGGCCUUCACCGGGAGCAAGAUGCGCCACAUGUUCGAACUGGUGGACGAAUGCGGAAAAUCGCUGAUCGAGUUUUUCAAGGCGGAAGCUGCGGCCGGAAGGCCGAUGGAGUACGAGAUGAAGGAGGUGUUUUCCAAGGUCGGGAACGACGUGAUCGGAACGGUGGCGUUCGGGAUCAAGGUGGACUCGCUACGCGACCCGGAGAAUGAAUUCUACAUGAAGGGGAAGAAGAUGUUGAACUUCCAGUCGUUGGCUACGUUUGCGAGGUUCCUGUUGAUUCGGUUUGCUCCUCGAUUGAUGCGAUGGUUGAAGUCGGACAUUCUGGACGGCGAUUCGGCUUCGUAUUUCAAGCGGAUGAUCGUGGACAAUAUGAAGCAGCGGGAAGUUCACGGGAUUCUGCGGAAUGACAUGAUACAGAUGCUGAUGGAUGUUCGCAAGGGUACGCUGAAGCACCAGAAAGACGAGAAGGACACCAAAGAUGCAGGAUUUGCGACGGUGGAGGAGUCACAAGUAGGAAAGUCAUCUCACUCAAGGGUAUGGACGGAAACCGAGCUGAUCGCGCAGUGUUUCCUAUUCUUUUUGGCAGGGUUCGACACGGUAUCGACCUGCAUGACUUUCCUGAUGUACGAGCUGAUGGUCAACCCGGACAUUCAGAAGCGUCUCCACGAGGAAAUUCUGGAAACGGACAAAUCGCUCAACGGGAAGGCCUUGAACUAUGAAGUAUUGCAACAGAUGGAGUACAUGGAUAUGGUCGUAUCGGAAACUCUGCGGAAGUGGCCUCCUGGAGUAAUCUCCGAUCGGUACUGUAACAAAAACUACCUCUAUGACGAUGGACGUGGAACGCGGUUCCUAAUCGAGAAGGGUCAAGUGGUAAUGAUACCUGCCUACUGUGUCCACCACGAUCCGCGCAACUAUUCGGAUCCGGAUCGAUUCGACCCUGAGCGGUUCAACGAAGCUAAUCGAGCGCAGAUCAAUACGGGAAUCUACAUACCGUUUGGAGUCGGUCCUCGCAACUGCAUCGGAUCUCGUUUAGCACUGAUGGAAGUGAAGUGUAUGGUUUACCACCUGUUGAAGCACUUUGAGGUGGUUCCAACGGAGAAGACCCAAAUCCCAGUGCGCAUAGCUCGCGACUCGUUCGCCUUGCAUCCGGAGAAGGGUGUUUGGGUUGAGCUCAAACUGAGAAAUUCCAAAGAUUCCUAAGG